AUGUCGACCCCUGUUGAGGAGCUUCCUGCUCCCAAAUAUGCGGAGAAGAAAAACAGGACGGACGACCAUUCCCCAACCUCAGAUGAAGGCACCUAUAUCAACGAGGGCUCGCAAGACACUCACGGGAACAACCACCUCACCGUUGACACCUCGUCUGCCGACGAUCUGGACCGCACAGCUUUACGCUCGCCUUCGGCCCAAAGGGAACAGGCCAAACGCCUCGAAGAUGACUUAGCUCUCCUUGAAGCGGAGAAGGUGGCGUCACGUUCUACCCAUGAGGACACGGAGAGUAAAGGUGAGCGCAACUCGAUAUCGCGUUCUCGCUCGCAUCGCUCCCAGAAUGUGGACGAGUUCGACGAGGCCACCAAUCCUUUGCACGAGAAAGCCGCUGUCUACAAUCCACCGGAGUCUCCCAACACGAACAUCGCCCGAUUCGUCAAAAAGAUCCACGAGUCCAGCUUCAUCAUUCGCUAUAUAACCUACAUUGUACCCCUCGUUCUUAUCUUACUGAUUCCGCUGCUGGUCGGCGCACUGGCUUACCCGGAUGCGAACGUGGGAGGUGUUGAACUUCUUUGGUUCUCUGUUUGGUUGGAAAUUGUCUGGUUGACUCUGUGGGCUGGUAGAAUCGUGGCCAAAUGUAUCCCUGUCGUUGCAGGUUUGUUGGCCAGUAUUUUUACCAACAAUGCCAAAAAGUGGCGCGACAUGGCCAAGCAAUUGGAGCUACACGCCACUUUUUUCUUUUGGUGGCUAGGUAUCGAGGUCUCUUUUCUUCCCACAAUGAAGAACCACCAUGUGGACGGCAACUCAGCCACGCGUUCAUGGGAGAAUACGGUCAACAAGAUUAUCAUCUCCAUCUUUGUCUGGACGAUCCUGAACUAUAUCGAAAAGAUCAUUAUUCAACUCAUCGCCAUAAGUUUCCAUACGCGUACCUAUGCCGAUCGUAUUGAAAUCAAUAAGUUCCAGAUCGGCAGUUUGACCAAGCUGUACGACUUCUCUCGCAACAAGAUCUCAGUGAAAGACGAUGAGUUUGAAGAAAAGAAUGAUAACAGUGGCAGCGGUACCAAGACCCCAUUGCGCUACCCGCUGCAAUACGCUGGCAAGGCGCAACGUGUAGCCAAAGGCGCAUUGAACAAGGUUGGAGACAUGGCCGGAGCAGUUGCCGCGGACUUCACGGGCCGGAAGGCGACGAACAGUACUCAUCCCUAUCAAGUCAUUUUGACCUUGUUGCGGACUACCUCGGGCUGCCAGGUUCUGGCGCGGCGUCUCUACCGGACUUUCGUGCGUGACGGAUUCGAUACUGUCUUUGCCGGCGAUCUUAAAGAGGCGUUCGAUAACAGCGAGGAAGCCGAGGCUGCAUUUAUCAUGUUCGACAAAGAUAUGAAUGGCGACAUCUCUAUGGACGAACUGGAGGCGGUUUGUGUGGAAAUCGGACGGGAACGCAAGGCUAUCACUGCGUCUCUGAAGGAUCUUGACUCGGUCGUCUCACGACUCGACAAUGUUUUGGAGUUCUUCGUCGUUGUCAUCAGCUUGAUCGUCUUCGUAUCGCUGAUCUCGACUUCGGCUUCCGGCGUGCUCACCUCCGCGGGUUCCAGUAUUCUUGCCUUGUCCUGGCUCUUCUCUGCCACCGCCCAGGAAUUUCUGCAGUCGAUUAUCUUCGUCUUUGUCAAGCAUCCCUUCGAUGUGGGCGACCGUGUGACGAUCUACGGUAACGCAGGUGAUGCUGGUUUGGGUGAUGACUACUUUGUGAAGCAGAUCUCGUUGCUCUACACGGAGUUCAAGAAGAUGCAGGGUCACAUUGUCCAGGCACCAAACAGCUAUCUGAACGGGCUCUUUAUUCUCAAUCAACGCAGAUCUGGCGCCCUCGCAGAAGCCAUCCCCAUCGUGAUCAAGUACGGCACAACGCUUGAGCAGAUUGAUGCCCUCCGCCAACGCCUGUUGGAAUUUGUCCGCAGCGAAAAGCGCGAGUUCCAGACUAAUAUUUUGACUGAGAUGCGUGCCGUGACGGAAAACUUCUCUGUGACCCUCAACGUCGUCUUCUUCUACAAGUCCAACUGGCAGAAUGAAGGAUUGCGUCUUCAGCGUCGUAACAAGUUCAUCUGUAUGCUCAUGGUUGCCCUGCAAGAGAUCGGCAUCGAGGGCCCACGCAUGAACCUCCAGGGUGCCCGUGUGGAUAUUCCUUUCCAUGUCACGGGUUUCCCACCUCAGACGUCAUCGGCCGACCACGACAGUCGCCCACCGCCGACCCCCAUCCACGACAUGCCCGAGAACACCGGACACAGCAGCUCCAGCGCCGCCCGCCACCCGUCAAUCCUGCGCAAAGGCAUGAACACCGCUGCGGCCCGUGCUCGGGGAGAGUCGAUCCAGUCACACAAACAUGUCGACUUCUCAUUGGGCAUGCGCGAUCUCUCCUCCGGCGAUGUGAUGGGCGAUGUGUUUGAAACCACCUCCCCUCGUGUUGAUGACGUUGUCCGCUCUUCCAAUCGCGAAGCCGCCCAGCGCCGCAUCCUAGAAGAGGAAGAGGAGGAAGAGGCCGAACGCCAGAGCCGCUCGUCGUCCUCCCGGGCACGUCGCCCGUCCAACCUCAGCGUCCCGACCCAGCCGGGCGAAGGGCGUCGGUCGACGGAGUCCCAAGGCACCCAUAGCCUGUCCUCCAUCAGUCGCAACCGGUUUUUCCGCCACCGCUCCAGCGUCAGCCGCGAGCGUGACGAUCUGGCCGAGCAAGGUCGAUUCGACUCAAGCGAUAUCCGCUCUGUUUCACCGGGCACACGAUAA